CCGGCGCUAGCGCGGAGGCGGUGCCGGGCGCGGCGCAGAGCGGAGGAUGCUGCGGGCGGGGGCCGCCGCCGCUGCCGCCGCCAGCCCCGGUCCCGGUGCCGGUCCCGGUCCCGGUCCCGGUGCCGGGCGGGAGGGUUCCCCCCCGCAUCCCUCCCGCUGAGCCCCGGCCCGGCCAUGGGGGCUCUGACCAGCCGGCAAAACGCAGGGGUGGAAGAAGUGGAUAUCCCCGCUAAUUCCGUCUACAGAUAUCCCCCGAAAUCCGGGAGCUACUUUGCCAACCACUUCAUCAUGGGCGGCGAGAAGUUCGACUCCACGCACCCCGAGGGUUACCUCUUCGGCGAGAACAGCGACCUCAACUUCCUGGGGAACCGGCCUGUUGUGUUCCCUUAUGCUGCUCCACCUCCUCAGGAACCCGUGAAGACCCUCAGGAGCUUAAUCAACAUCCGCAAGGACACCCUGCGCCUUGUCAAGUGCUCGGAGGAGGUGAAGACCCCGGGGGAAGAAGUCAGCAAAGCCAAGGUGCACUACAACGUGGAGUUCACCUUCGACACGGAUGCCCGUGUGGCCAUAACCAUCUACUACCAGGCGAGCGAGGAGUUUCACAAUGGGGUGGCGAGCUACAUCCCCAGGGACAACAGCCUGCAGUCGGAGACGGUGCACUACAAGCGGGGAGUGUGCCAGCAGUUCUGCGUGCCCUCCCACACCGUCGACCCCUCCGAGUGGAGCGAGGAGGAGCUGGGCUUCGACCUGGACCGGGAGGUGUACCCCAUGGUGGUGCACGCGGUGGUGGAUGAAGGAGAGGAGCACACCGGGCACUGCCACGUGCUGCUGGCCACCUUUGAGAAGCACAGCGACGGCACUUUCUGCGUGAAGCCCCUCAAGCAGAAGCAAGUGGUGGAUGGCGUGAGCUACCUUCUGCAGGAGAUCUAUGGCAUUGAGAACAAGUACAACACGCAGGACUCCAAGGUGGCCGAGGAUGAGGUGAGUGAUAACAGCGCUGAGUGCGUCGUCUGCCUCUCGGACGUCCGCGACACCCUCAUCCUGCCCUGCCGCCACCUCUGCCUCUGCAAUACCUGCGCCGACACCCUGCGCUACCAGGCCAACAACUGCCCCAUCUGCAGGCUGCCUUUCCGAGCCUUGCUUCAAAUCCGAGCCAUGAGGAAAAAGCUGGGUCCCCUCUCGCCCACCAGCUUCAACCCCAUCAUCGCCUCGCAGACCUCUGACUCCGAGGAGCACUCGUCUUCGGAGAACAUUCCCCCGGGCUACGAGGUGGUGUCGUUGCUGGAGGCCCUCAACGGGCCGCUGACGCCCUCACCAGCCGCCCUGCCACUGCGUGCGCUGGGGGACCCCCCGGGCGCAGGGACCCUGCCCUCGUAUGGCAGCGAUGGUCCCAUGCCCCCCCUGCGAGCCCUCUCGCCCCUCGAGCGUCUUCCUGACUGUGGACCCCCGGGGCUCAAGCUGAAGAAGAGCCUCUCCAAGUCCAUCUCACAGAACUCCUCCAUCCUGCCCGAAGAGGAGGAUGAGAAGUCGUGCACUGAGUCGGAGCUGAGGGUCUCCAGGAGGAGAUCCCCUGCCCGGCGUGAGGAGGAAUGCGGUGCGACGCCGGAGAGCGAAAACCUCACCCUGUCGUCAUCGGGAGCCAUCGACCAGUCCUCGUGCACCGGGACCCCCCUCUCCUCCACCAUCUCGUCCCCAGAAGAGCCCGUCAGCAGCAGCCUGGCUCAGUCCGUCAUGUCCAUGGCCUCCUCCCAGAGCCAGCACUCCCAGAUCAGCACUGACACUGUGUCCUCCAUGUCCGGCUCCUACAUUGCUCCCGGCACAGAGGAGGAGGAGGAGGAGGAGGGGGACAUGCUUCCCUCACCCGCGGCCGCCAGCGCCACAGCCUCUGAUGGAGAGUCGACGCCUGUGGAGUCCCCUGAUAUAAACUUCGUCAGCAUCUCGGCUGAGGAGCGUGAUGCCGAGGGCAAUGACGUGUUGGAGGAUGAGGACGCCUCUCCCACGCAGGAAGAUGGCCCGAGGACAGGCGCUUUCCUCGGUCUGAGGUGUGACAAUAACAAUGACUUGGGCAUCGCACACGUGAAAGCGCUGGACAAUAAACUGUGCUCUGAGGCCUGCUUACCUGGCCCGGAGGCAGCCAACAACAACGUGUGGCCGCAGCAGGCACCCUGGCCCCGCUGCCCCCCCAGCACCCAAGACCUGGAGCAGGCAGCGGCCGCCCUGCCCAUGUGAGGGCUGAGCCUCGGCGGGGGCACGCACCCCCCCGUCUGCCCGGAGGGACCCUGGUGUCCGGGCGCCAUGGGCAUCGCCACCUCCACCCCUCGGCUGUAGCAGGACUGAUUUUCGAAAGAAAAGACGGUAACCUCAACUCUUCCUCCUUGGCCCCCCUGUGCAGAGGGGGGCUGAGAGCCACAUCACUUCGGAGCCCCCCAUCAGCACCUUCCCAUCUUCCAGCCCUGAUGGGGACAGGCUGGGGUCCCCUCCUGCCCCCGGCCAUCUCAUACCCCCGAGCUCCUCUCCUCCAGCACGCGGAGCAGAUGGGACGGGGUCACCCCACAAAGGGGGUCCUGGGACGUGGCCGGAGGGGGAUGAUGGGAGGAGGGUGCCCAGGGGUACAGGUUAAGGACGAGUGUUGGCAUUGGUGUACUCGGUGCAUGAGCCGGUGACCUUCACGGGGGGGCUGGCCGCCCUCUCAACUUUGCUGGCCCAUGCCCCUGCCAUGCCAUGGGAUGUCCCCAUUAAUGCACUGGCGGUGAUUGUGCCCCCCUAGCUCCCCCUCCCUCCGCUCUGCUCCUGGGUAGCAUGUGGGCUCUUGGGUCGGGUCCACGAGGUUGCUUUUCCCCAGGGGAUGGAGCAGGGUGGCGGGGGUGGGCAGGGGACCUGGUACCCCCCCGGUCACCAGCUCCCGGGGCAUCGCUAAUUUAACCUCACUGUCUUCCGCCCCGCUGUGAGCUCGGGGCUUGGGGCUGUGCCCUCUCUCUGGAACAAGUGCCAAAAGUGUCACCCCCCCGCCUGCCCCCUCCAUCGCACUUUGUAGCAGGGGGUGGAUGAGGGUGGGGGAGCUCCCCCUCACCCCUUCAUCCCCACCCCUCCAUCCCCAUCCCUCUGGCCAGCACUGGGCUGACAGGAUAAGUGGGUUUUGCUCCGGGGGACAGGCACACAGGGAUACCAGUGGGGUAGGGACGCAGCCACAGACCUCGGGGACCUGAUGGGGCUAUGCCAGGCUCCACCCUGGAGAGCAUCAGGGACAGUCAGAAGCCACUUUGAGGAGCAUCAGACCCAGCAUCACAAUCUAGCAAGCUCUGGAGCUGCUUGGGCCAGCCCAGGGAGGGGAGGCUGAGCCCCCCGUUUUCCCCCACUUGGUUUUCUCAGUAGCACGAGCUGGGGGAGACCCCCCAAUGCAGACAUGAUAGCAAAGCCCACCUUCUUGCAGGAGAAAAACAUGUUUCAGAGCUAUGUUAGGACAGAGAUGUUCAUGCAGUGAAAGCAACGUCCUGCAGCAGCCGCAGGGUGCGAGCGGGGUGCAGGUCCCCACCGCCCAUCCCUGCGGCAGGGCAUGGGAUGUGCUGAUGGCCAUGGCUCCUAAAGGGGGUUGAAGCCCUUUUUGGAGCCGGGCAAUGUUUUCUCUGCCUGGCUCAUAACUGGGGCCACGGUAGCUGCUUGCUCUAUGGCCCCAGUAUGGGUCCUGCUGGAGCAGGGGGUUGGUGUUGGCCAUCCCGCUGCUCCCUCCUCUGGGCUCCCUCCACCCCGCUGUGUCUCCCAUCGGCUCAAUAGCUCCCAAACUUCUUCCUGGGAACCUGGGGCUGGGCGCAUGACGUGGGGUGACAUCUCCAAACUGCCAUCCCAUGGGAUGGGAGCUGUUAACAGCAGAGAGGGCUGGAGCAGCAGGGGGACAAGCCUUGUGCCCCAUUCAGGGACACACUGCCAUGGUGGGGCAACCCACAGGUUUAGGUGUCCCGGCCCUGAGGAGCCAGCAGUGCCGCGCUGGGCACAGGGAGAGCUUUGGGGGUUCACUGCCAUGCUGAGCUGAGAAAACCAGGGGGGCUGCAGGAGGCCAGGUGCUCCCCCACCCUCCAGCAUGGGCAGGGGAGGGAAAAUUGAAUUGAUGCUCCAAGGGUGGUUCGUCUACCAAAGCUCAACCUUCCUUGCAGUUUUGAAGGGGACAAGAGCUCUCCAGGCCUGGCCGGGCACCAUGGUGUACGGCUGCGACGGUGCUUGUGGCUGCCGGCAGGUCAGAGCAGAACAGGCAGGUCCUUGCUCAGGAGGGUUUUUCCAGCUGCUCUGAGCUGUGUGUCCCCAAGGCUGCAGGAGCAGCCAGGCGAGCUCGUGGGGUGGCUGCAGACCAGGGCUGCGGCUGCCAGCGAGCACAAGGCAAUAAAGAGGAGCUGGGAUGACGCUGCGGCCAAGCAGCAUGCUGCUGCCGUGGUGCGAGCAAAGAAAUGAGCAUCCUCUGCCAUGGCGCAGGAGAGACAGGAUUUUGGCGUGGGUGGCACCAGCGCCGUCCUCCGCCACCCAGAAGGGACGAGGGGUGGGCAGGAGCCUCCAGUGCUGGCAGUGUGGGGUGAAAGGCAACAGCCCCUUGUCUCACAGGGCAGCCCCUUGUUCCAGUGAUCCGCCUGUCAGGGAUUUAAGGAAGGAAACCAGAUUGCUGCUUAUGACUUUGCUUUGAGCAUGUUUUGGAUUUUAAGAGUAUGUUUAAUAAAGGGUAUCUUAUGUCGA